AUGAACAUGGAGCCGGCCACCGGAAAAAGGCCUAGAACCACCGUCCGGAGCCGUGGAAGACGAACAAGUAUUGCUGACCGCAUCAGCGAUCUCCCUGAUGUCAUCCUCGGUGAGAUCAUCUCCCUUCUUUCCAUCAAGGACGCCGCUCGCACCCAAGCCCUCGCGUCUCGGUGGCGCCAUCUAUGGCGCACCGCCUCUCUUAACCUCGACUUCCGCGGCCUCCCUGCCAAUCAUAAUGGUGUCCUCCUCGACAUCAUCCUCGCCGCCCACGAGGGACUAGUUCACCGUCUCUGCCUCCCGGCGCGCUACCUCUCAGAUCAAGCUGCUGCCAUGGAAGCCUGGAUCCAAUCCCCUGCCCUGGAUAAGCUCCAGGAGCUCGACUUCUACCUAUUAGGGCUGCCAAAUACAUGUGUAGAUCUGCAAUCGCCACCGGCGUCCAUCUUCCGAUUCUCGUCCACUCUCCGCGUGGCCACCAUCAGCAUGUGCUCUCUCCUCGACUAUCCGGUUGAAACACUCCGCUUUCCUCAGCUCAGGAAGUUUGCACUAGUGGCAGUCAACAUCUCGGAGGACUCUUUGUGCCACGUUAUCAACACAUGCUGCCCUGCACUAGAGUGCUUGCUGUUGAGAACCAAUUUUAACGUUCAUGGUGUCAGGAUCAACUCCCCUACCCUUAAAAGUGUAGGCAUUCAUGCGAGCGUUGCAGAACUCACCAUUGAGAAUGCCCCUUCACUUGAAAGGUUGCUCUGCUUGAAAAUGCAUAUGAAAAUGAGAGUGUCAGUAGUCUCCGCGCCCAGACUGGAGACCUUGGGUUACAUUUCUCACCAUGAAUGGGGCUCCAAAAUCAUGUAUGGCUCCACAGUUAUCGAGGGUUUGUGCGUUGAUAGCCUGACAACUAUGGUGCGUACUGUCAAGAUCUUAGCUAUCCAUAUGAAUUCAAAUCUGGACAUGACCAUAGUGUUGGGAUAUUAUAAAGGCUUCCAGGCACAAGUUGACUUUGUUACAUUCUUUGUACUGAAUGCGAGAUCACUAGAGUCCAUUCAACUUGUGGUUGAUUCCAGGAAUUACAGCCGCGAAUUUGUCUCAGGACAACGUGAGAAGCUUCAGAUAGAGAAGAGAGCUUCUAGAGGACCAAACAACAAACUUGUGGUGCAGAUUGUACAGUGUCUUCUGAAUGUCUAUAUUGGGAAGCACUGA